AUGGCCUUCAUCUUCACAUGCGGAACUCAUACUUUCCAGUCCUUACUCGCCGGAUAUGAGAACAUCACAGUACAAUGCCAGAACUGUGGUAACUGGAGUGGGAAAGUGUCUAAGAGAUGGGAAUGGUUCACGUUCUGUUUCGUCCCCAUCAUCCCCUUCUCCCUCAAACCCUGGCAUUGCGUGAACUGCCACAUCUGCCACUUCCAACAAGACCUCAAAUACCGCCCCGACGUACAACAACAAAUGAACAACCCAGGUCAAGCAGGACAACAGCAAAUCCCCAUGCAAAACGGUCCUCCA